ACGUGCUUCAAUUUGCGUUGACUGUGGGUGUCCUUGAAUGCAACUGAUCAUGAUGAAAAGUACUGAUUGGUCCCAGCUUGAACAUCUCGAGAAUGUUUUCUACAAAACUGCUCUUAGCAGCUUCAGUGAAGUAGACUUUCUCACUGCUGGAGUCUCUGCAGCAACGUUCGAACAGAUGUUGUUUGUCGCGCAUGAUGAAGAAGCCCACGUCCAGUUCCUUGAACAAUCAAUUUCUGCCGCUGGAGGUCAACCCGUGGCGGCGUGCGAAUACAAUUUCCCCUUCACCGAUGUCUCGAGCUUCGUGUCCCUAGCAUCUGUCCUCGAGGGAGUUGGUGUGUCUGCCUACUUAGGAGGAGCGCCUGUCAUUUCAUCCAAAGAUAUUCUCGCUGCAGCCGGCGCCAUCCUUGUCGCUGAAGGCCUCCAUCAGUCCGUCAUACGAAGUGCCCUCUUCGAAGUCGCUUCAGCCAAUAUUGCCGGUACUGCUGCAUCCCCGAACUCCAUUUUUACAAUUGCUUCGACCUUCAUCAAGUCAUGUCCUUCGACCAAUCCUCCUCUUCCCUUCAAGGCAUUCCCAUCUCUCCAGAUGGCAGGGGACCAGAAAAUGGCCACCGCAGGACAGACUGCAGCACUCACCGUCGACCCGUCCGUGCAACUUGGAGAACAGACAUUCGUCACCUUUGUCAGUGGUCUCGAGACCGUCAGCGUCCAAGCUGAGAUCUCUCAAGGAUUAGUCUCGGCUGUGAUCCCACCGGAGGCCCAGGGCCAAACCUUUGUCAUGUUGACAAACACAAAAGUUUCAGGCACAGUUUCUGAUGGCGCCGUUAUUGCUGGUCCUGCAGUCAUGGAGGUCUCCCCGCCUGCUCCUAAGCUUGACUUCGGUCUCCAGCGGUAAACCAUAUCAAGCCAUGCGUGUCAAUGAAAGAAAGUAGCAAGAUAUGAGACCUAGUGUAUGAUUUUUCCUGAUCUUCAAUCUACCUUUUCCUGUACCUCUAUCUAUUCCCAUUUCAUCUGUAUAGGAAAUGAUCACCGUCUUCCAGGAGCUUCGUGGAUUAAAGGUAGAGAGGCUCUAGAGGAUAAUCCUGUCCAACAAGUAUUAGGACAUAUCCAGAUACACUCUUAAUGACACGCCAGUCGAAAAAAAAAACAUUUUAUAUAAUGCUAG